AUGACCAUGGUUGACGUGAACGAGAAAGGAGAUUCAGCAGAUCUUCCCACUUCGGCAGACGGCCCUCAGUUCUCUCAAAUCCCUGCUGAGCUACUCAGGAUCGUCUUCGUUUUCGCCGCAAUGGGCGUCAGAGACCGUGGGCGCGGUGCGCCCCCAUGCGCGAAGCUCAGCCAUGUCAACAAAAGAUGGAGGGACAUCGCGCUCACUACGCAGGAACUUUGGUCGACCGUUCCUCGAAAGAGCUCAGAAUGGACGUCAAUCUGCCUUUUGCGCGCUCCUUCCGCGCUGCUAGAUGUGAUCCUCACGAAUGAUCAUCUUCAAGACGAGGGAUACCGCACGGCCGCUGUCAAAGCAUUGUCUGCGUGGCCGCGUAUCAGAAGCGUUCGGGCAACUCUGGCUCGCUAUCUCACUCCCGAAGGCCCAUUGGUUGACAGGUCCAAGUCUAUGUUCGACGCUCUGCUGGGGACCCUGGGUGCCCCCAAUGCCACUCUGGAGCAAUUGCAUCUCAACUUUACCAUCGAUUCGGGCAUUACGGGUCGCUGGACUCCUAUCAACUUGAGCAAUGAUCUCUUCGGCGGACAACAUCCUCUUCAUUUGUCCGAUAUCGAGCUCAGCAACUGCGCUCUGCCGCGCCCACCACCCCCCUCACUUUUCGGCAGUGGCCUUCGUAGCCUAAGGCUCUUCAACACUCAGGCCUGGGUAGACAUCGACUCGAUGGUCAAGUGUCUGAGAGCGGUGCCAAUGCUUGAGAAGCUGGUCUACCGUUUCAGCCGAUCUCCAGCGGAGGGGUUCGACUUCGAACCAUCGAGCGUACAUCAACCUCGUUGUAUACCUCUCCGGCAUCUCAAGACGAUGAGCCUCGGCGGGUUCUGGGUGCAGAACAUGGCGAUCUUUAGUUACAUCGCAGCGCCAUCCCAAUGCCACCUCGAGGUUCUGCACUGCGAAUGGGACGACUUCGUCGACGAAAUGCCCGAAGAAGCCGCGCUGGAACUCAUAUCAGGAUGCGCGGCAACCAUGAAGCAGCACUUCAUGCCGGCCACUUCUCAAGGUGUCGCGUUCAGCUCUGUUAUCCCCUUCGAGUUUGCGGUAUGGGCCGAAUCAAACCCCGCCGAUCCCGCCGAAGCGUCCCUACUUCCUCACAAACUCGAGCUCGCGCUUCCACAGACAGGAAAGCCUUCCAUCAAACGAGCAGUGUUUGACAUGGUCGUCUCUCAACCCGUCGUGACCAACACCGAGAGCCUCUUCUUCACUGCGGAUCUUUGGAAGCUUCACCCCGAAUGCUUCGACCUGUACAUCAAUGUACGCGAGAUCAUCCUGAAUGGAUACGAUGACGCCGAAGCGUUGGUAACGGCUUUGCGCACCCGAGGCGCCACCAUCUUCCCAGUUCUGGCGUUCAUUGUGCUGAGGCGGUUCUACGUCGAGGACCUGGGAUUGGACCUUCUCCGCGAGUUGGUGGCGGAGUUGCGAACAGACCACGCUGCCAGCCGCAGUUUUGAGCGGCUUGUCAUGGAUGACUGCCAUUACGUGACACAGGAGAUCGUAGACGAGCUUCGGGGAGAGCUGGGAGCAGAACGCGUCGAAUGGGAGAAGCGCGAUGACUGGGGGGAAGGACAGAGCCCUUGA